AUGGAGUCGACGUGCGUGUCGUGCGGCGAGUGCCCGGUGAUUCCGGAACCGGCCUCGGGCGUGCUCGUCUGCACCGCCUGCGGCGUCGUCCACGACGCCGACGCCGACGAGUUCGUCAACUCCACCUGCUUCACCGAGGGCGGGGAACUCGACCGUCGCGCCGCCACCAUCGUCCACCACAGCUCCCAGUCCCCCUACCUCGACCACAAACUCUACGCCGCCUCCGAUGUCAUCACCUCCAUGGCCGCCCGCUUCUCACUCUCGGCCAGCCGCGUCGACGAGGUCCUCAGAAUAGCCCAAUCCGCCACCGACAGGAAUCUCGCCUGCCUGGGCACUGCCUUUCUCCCUGCGCUCGCAGCCGCCUGCACCUUGCUCGUCGCGCGAUCCCACCGCCUUCCGAUCUCCUUCGCCGAGGCCGCUGAGGCCGCGGCCUGCACCACGUUCGCGCUCGCUAACCUCGUGUACCGCAUCGCCUCCCAACUCUACCUCCCUCCCCUCCCGUCCUUUGACUACUCCGCCGCGCUCGAACGCGCGGUGGAACGCUCAGGCAAGCUCACCGAAGCUGCGGGUGAGAAGAGGGAUGCCAUCCUUUCCCAAGCCCGAUUUCUCCUCUGCUGCGCCUCCAAGUGGUCGCUCACGACCGGAAGGCACCCGCUCCCACUUGUCGAUGGCGUGAUAGCUUUCGCGGCAGAGCUGAACAAGGUCACCUCUGUCUCUGUGGAAGAUAUUGCCCUGGAUAUUUCGGCGGUGCCGCACACCAGCCGCCUCCGAUACAACGAACUUGUUGCUGCGCUGGUGGGUGCCGCGCAGAAGUUGCUUCCGUGGGGCUCCGACGUCAAUACCAGAAACCUUCAGUUAAGUGCCCCCAGCCUGCUGCAGCUCAUGCAGAUGCAGUCACAGUCCGGCCAGUCGGAACAGUUUCAAGAGUGCUUCCGUCCAGACAUUGCCAGCACUGUGAAGGAGUACUCAUCUGUUGACUUGGACGAAUCCAAGUACUUCCAGAUUGACCCCCUUGAUGUUGAUGAUUUCGAUUUCAAGAAUUAUGGGCAAGAGUUGAAGGAACCAGAGGAUUUGAAGAUCUUAGAGGGAUGCAUGUCAGAUACUUACCAGAAUAUCUUGAAGAGGAUUGCUCAGCUAAAGGAACUUGGGAACUUUGGUAAAGUUCCUAGCAGGAGGAAGCGGUGGAAGAGAGAGUUGGAGCUGGAACCAUGGGAUAAUGCCCAGACCAAGAACAAACCCCUCGAGGAGGAAGCAGAUAUUGACAUUGGCUAUGAUGCACCUCCUCCAUCCUUUACUGCUGGAGUGGAUUUGCAGAAGCGGAGGCGAACACGGAUUGAAGCUGCUAAGUGUCGGAUCAAUGAAAUUAUGAAGGCUCCUGCUACUCGUAUUGCAAAUGCAAUUGAUUCACCGUCUGCUCUUGGACAUGAAGAUGUCUGUCCACCACAAAAAAAUAUCAGGAAAAAUCAAUGGCGAAAGAGACGAAAUGAAAAGGAUCAUCUGAGAGAGAUUUCAAAUGCUCCGGACUGUGUGAAGAAGAGAAAGAAAAGAGACUCAUGUAAUGUUAUUGACUGGGAAGAUUGUGUCAUUGAGCUCCUGUUAUUACAUGGUGCAAAUGAAGCAGAGAUAGAACAAGGCCAGUACAAAAGAUUGUUGGAGCUGCGUGUCUUCAGUGCAUAA